AAGAAGCUUAACUACGCAGAGACUACCAAGGUCAUUGAAAUCGACAAUUAGAAACAUGCACAUUGAGUCAAUUCCUAUGAGAUGGGGCACUGGUGACAACUACGCUUAUUUAGUAGUUGAUUCCCCCACCAAGCACGCUUGGAUUAUCGACCCAGCUACUCCCAAAGACAUUUACAAAUACUUCAAAGCAAACAACCCUUCGUUUGAGUUGAAGGCAAUUGUUAACACUCAUCACCAUUAUGAUCAUUCUGACGGUAAUGCUGAAUUCCAUUCAAAGUAUCCGGACUUGCCAAUCAUUGCUGGUAAAGACUCACCUUUAGUUUCAUAUACUCCUUCUCAUGAAGAGGUGAUUGAUUUGGGUGAUAACUUAUCAAUAACUGCUUUACAUACACCAUGCCACACCCAAGAUUCUAUUUGCUAUUACAUCAAGGAUUCGAAAACUGAUGAAAAAGCAGUUAUAACUGGGGAUACUUUAUUCACCAGUGGUUGUGGUAGAUUUUUCGAAGGAACUGGUGAUGAAAUGGACGUGGCUUUAAACUCAAUCUUAGCUAAGCUACCAAGAGAUACUCUAGUUUUCCCAGGUCAUGAAUAUACAAAAUCCAAUGUUAAAUUUUCCAAGACCGUUUUAAAGAAUAAUCCGGCUUUGGAAAAAUUAGAAGAAUUCGUUAAUAAUAACGAAUUUACUACGGGUAAGUUCACUAUCGGUGAUGAAUUAGGAUUCAAUCCAUUUAUGAGAGUUAAUGAUCCUGAAAUUCAAAAAAUUACUGGUGUAACUAAAUCCGGUGAUAUCGUAUCACAGUUAAGAGAAUUGAAAAAUAAUAUGUAAAUUUUGUAAUGUUUCG